AUGGACAUACGCCGAAUCUCCUUUACAAGCCUAGGCCUCGUGGUCCUUGACGAGAUCCAAUUUCCCCACCGCGAACCAUUAACCGAUGUUGUCGGUGGUUCCGGAGCCCACCCUCGGUGCUCGAUUGUUUCUUCCUGGUGCUCUCAGCUCGCACCCAAAUCCUUCAAAUACACUACGCCAAUCCUCUCUAUCGAGGACAGUAGCCUGGCAAACACAGCACUUCUUCACUCCAAAGCUUUCCACUUCCUCGAGACACCCCAAACCAUCGGAGCCCGCGUAUCUGCGCUUCUUGCCCGAAGAGCCGACGCAGGCAUCCGCGAACGCCCACUGAUCAUCUGGGAGCCUGCACCUCUAUCAUGCAAACCCGAGAACCUGCAAGCAUGUCUGGACGCUGUACCACUACUCGACGUCUUCUCUCCCAAUCACCUAGAGCUACUCGCGCUAUACGGAGAAUCGGCCCCCGCUACGGUCGACAAUAGUCAGAUUGAAGAUCUCGCCGCACGAUUCCUGCAGCGCGGCGUCGGUCCAGACGGAAAUGGAACUGUAAUCGUCCGCGCCGGCGAAUGUGGUUGUGUCGUAAGCACACGCGAGAUCGUCCCUACGUGGCUUCCUCCAUUCUAUGAGUCUCGCGAUGACAAGGUGGUUGAUCCUACUGGUGCUGGGAAUGCGUUUCUAGGGGCUUAUGCUGUUGGAUAUCUCGAGACGGGGAGUGUGAUUGAAGCGGCGUGUUAUGGAUCAGUUGGGGCGUCGUUUGCAAUUGAGCAGGUGGGGAUGCCGCAUAAGAGUAUUGAUGGCGACGAGGAGCUCUGGAAUGGGGUCAAUGUGCUAUCGCGACUGCGCGAGUAUACCUCAAGAAUGACCAGGAGCGCCGGCUGA